CUGCCUUGUUUGAGGUUGCAUUUCUCCUAUUGCUCCAGUGAUUCCUAAUAAUAAGUGAAUGCAGGCCUGGUCAAUCCAAUCUCUUCAUCACAGUUCCACCAUCCCAGGAAUUGGUCUGGUGAACCUCUUUUGCACUCCCUCGCUGUCAAGUAUAUCUUCUUUGGUAAGAAGACCAAAACAGCACACAUUACUCCAGGUGUGGUCUCACCAAGGCCCAGUAUAAUUGUGGACGAAAUCAUUCCAAGGAAUCAAUGAACCUCAGUAAUAAGGAUGGCCUCUUCAUUUAGAAGAUACUUGUGGCUUUGUUCCAAUCAUCAACUCAUUUCCAAGAACUGGCAGCCGAAGAGACUUUUAGUGAGUGCCUCUGUACUCAGCAGAGAAAUGUCCCUUAAGCAGAAGGGCCUGGAGAUAUUUCAGACUGCAAUCAAUACCGUUUCACCUCAAAACAUAAUCAAGAAUAAUAUUAGUGUGGAAGGAGAGAGGCUCCUGAUACAAAAUCAGUCUUUCCCAGUCCAUAAAAAUGUCCACCUUGCUGGAUUUGGGAAGGCAGUGAUGGGAAUGGCAGCUGCUGUGGAACAGAUACUAGGAGACCACUUGGUCCAAGGAGUGAUCAGUGUUCCUCUUGGAAUUCAGAAGGUUCUUCGUCUGGCUGGAAAAGAGGAUAUGCUUUUAAGACCUCAGACAAAAAUACAGGCAAUGGAAGGAGCCCAACAUAAUCUUCCUGAUGAGAAUGCUUUAAAGGCAGCAAACUGUAUCCGUAACUUAGCAGAAGAACUUACUGAAAAUGACUUGUUACUUGUGCUUAUCUCAGGAGGGGGAUCUGCUUUGUUACCAGCUCCUAUCCCCCCUAUCACUUUGGAGGAGAAACAAUACCUGACGAAACAACUUGCUUCUAAAGGUGCAACAAUUCAGGAACUCAACACAGUUCGCAAGUCACUCUCUCUGCUGAAGGGUGGAGGUUUGGCAAGAGCUGCCUACCCUGCACAGGUGGUGAGCCUUAUUCUAUCUGAUAUUAUUGGUGACAAUUUGGAGUUCAUAGCUAGUGGCCCAACUGUACCUAACCUGCAAAGUAAGGAAGAUAGUUGCAAGAUUUUGUCAAAGUACCACUUGUUAUCAUCCAUGCCAAAAUCUGUGAAAGAAGUUCUGUCUCAGCCUAGCACAAGAAUGGACCAAAAGGAAACCCAAGAUUUUGCUCAUGUUUUCAAUUUUAUUGUGGGAUCAAAUGCAAUUGCCUUAGAGGAAGCAAAAUGCAAAUCUGAAAGCUUGGGUUACAAGAGUUCUAUCCUGUCUACUGGAGUGAGCGGAGAUGUCAGGCUUGUGGCCAGACUAUAUAGUCUAUUGAUCAGAUAUGUGUGCUCUGUUCUGGCAGCUCACAGUUCAAGAUGUGUACAGGCAACCAGUCUGAAAGAUGAGAUGCUGCAGGUCAUUGGAAAUUUGGAGCUUCCUGAUUUCCGAUUGGACAGCUGUUUGGAGCUCUUGGAGAACAUGCUGAGCUCUGGGAAACCAAUAUGCCUUUUGGCAGGAGGUGAAACUACGGUUCAGCUGCAGGGCAGAGGGAAAGGGGGUCGAAAUCAGGAGAUGGCCUUACGUGUGGCCUUGGAACUGCACCAAGCAAAGUCAAAAAUUCCACAGGAUCCCUUAACAAAGCCUGAAAUUAUUUUCCUUAGUGGUGGGACCGAUGGACAAGAUGGACCUUCCGAAGCUGCUGGGGCAUUCGCUUACACUGAACUGGUUGAAAAAGCUUUCCGUGAAGGGCUUAAUGUAGAGGACUUCUUAAACAACAACGAUUCCUUUACUUUCUAUAGCAAGUUCAAUAAAGGAGCAGAUCUAAUCAUGACAGGCCUGACAAGUACCAAUGUCAUGGAUGUACAGGCAAUUAUUAUUCAAUCAAAGGAAACUUAAGUAUUACCUUUUUGCUAAACUGAGGAGACAAAUAAAGUGAUUUUUAAAGAUUGUGAACUUUUUCUACUAUUUCUAAUUCAUGAACAACAGAAAUAAUUUCUGUAC